AUGACCAUCUGGCAAGACCCUUGGCUACCAUCAGGUUUCACACGACACCAUGGGAAUCUCUUCUGUGAACAGAUUCCUGUUUCAAAACUCGUUGCUCAAUUUGGCACGCCACUAUAUGUUUAUAGCGCCAGUCAUAUAGAAGAACAAAUACAAAAACUACAUCAAGCCUUUGCGUCAACUAAUAUGUUAUGUUGCUAUGCUGUCAAAGCAAAUGACAACUUAGGUAUUUUAAAACUUUGCAAAAAUUUAGGUACAGGAUUUGAUGUUGUUAGUGGAGGUGAACUAGAACGGGUUUUAUCUAUUGGGGCCGACCCAAAAACGGUUGUCUUUAGCGGUGUCGGCAAAACAGAAACUGAGCUGCUAAAGGCUGCCCGUUUAGGAAUCUGUUCUAUUAAUAUUGAAAGUACUGCGGAAGCCGAACUCAUUAUGAGACUCGCCAAGCAGUAUGAUGUAGUAUUUAAUGUCUCUAUUCGUGUUAAUCCUGAUGUCGAUCCACAAACGCAUCCCAAAAUUGCAACAGGACUUGCGGGCUCAAAAUUUGGUAUUGAUAUACAAACAACACGCAAACUCUACCAACGGCUCCUACAGGCAAAAAAUAUUCAUAUUAGUGGCAUUGCCUUUCAUAUCGGCAGUCAACUACUGUCUCACCAACCUAUUAUCUCUGCAUUAAAACGGGUUCAGCUCUUAGUAACAGAAUUACAGCAGGAACAUAUUAAUAUUAGCCAUAUCGAUAUAGGUGGUGGUUUUGGUAUUCAAUAUACAGUGGAGCAACAACCUCUAGAUAUUCGCCUAUUAGCUCAAGACGUCCUAACUGAAUUGACCUCUUUUACAGGCAAUCUGCUUUUAGAGCCUGGUCGCUGGCUUGUUGGUAAUGCGGGUAUUUUGUGUACAACAGUUCUCUAUACAAAAACUACUGCUAGUGGUAAACAGCUAUUAAUCGUUGAUGCUGCCAUGAAUGAUUUAUUACGCCCGGCGCUUUAUGAUGCACAUCAUGACGUUGCACCAAUGACCGUAAAAGAUACUAACGAAUGUUUAGCUGUUGAUCUUGUUGGGCCAGUUUGCGAAUCUUCUGAUGUUUUAGCGAGCCAAGUCAAACUACCACCACAAGUCCCUAAUGAUAUUCUGACACUUUUGAGUACAGGUGCCUAUGGUUCUGUUAUGUCAGGAACCUAUAAUACACGCCCAAGACCUACUGAAAUUCUUGUCAAAAAUAAUCAAUUUGUCGUUUUACGUCACCGUGAGACAAUGGACUCACUUUUACAAAGAGACCAACACCAACUUAACUGGCAGCCGCUAUCUUCUUGA